AUUCAUAGUUGUUAUGAGGUAGAACGGAAAUAUGCAGACCAGCUCUAUUGUAGCGUCUGUGGCUAUUAGCUGUUUUCUCCACACUGUUAUAGACUUUUUCAAGGACAACUUGAAAGAUGACCAAAAGUUGGUGACAAAUGUUAGUCAAAUUCAUGAUCUGAAAUUAAACGUGCUCAACCAUGAGAAAUGGGUAAAUGAAACUUUGCAGGGAAAUAUUACAGCAUUAGAAUCGAAACUGACAAAAACGGAAGAAGCGGCAUUGGGAGAGUGCCAAAAGAUCACCAGUUAUUUGCAGACGAACAAAAUGGAGAUGCAAACACUGGUAGAGAAGCAGAGAGAACAGCAAAAAUUUAUUAUAGAUCAAGAAAGCAGACUUCGUAUUAAUGAGAAGGCUUUUGUUGAUAUGGAGAAAAAAUUGGAUAAGAUGGAAAACGAACUAUUAAAGUAUAAAGAAUCGCGAAAUGGCCAGAUUGACACAACUGAUCCACCCACAUCCUUAAUUCAAGUAAUUCAACAGCAGUCACAAGCAUAUCUUCCAAUCACAGUGUUCUUGUUGACUGUUGGCGAAGUUGUGUUGUUUAUAUUGGUGAUUGUGUCCAGGAGGGUGAAGAUAGCAGUGCCAAGUGAGAACGGUUUAACAAACGAAGCCCAGAAAAACCAUAGAAAAAGAAACAGAGGAAAGAUUCGUGAUAAUGCCUGAAAACUUAAAAAGUUUUACUUCAGUGACUGAAGCCGAAUUAGCCUUCUGAUCAGGAGUAGUCCAUCGUCUGUCUGUUGUUAAAAACUUUUUAUAAUUUUGAAUAAUUUUUUUCAGAAUUACUAAGAAUAAGCCAGUUUCAGCCAAACUUGUCAAGAGGUGUCCUUGAUUUAAGAGAAAUCACAUUUUAUUCACGUUAAUUAGAAAAUAAAAAUAAGGGUUUGAAAUUUUCA